AUGGGAAAGAAACAAAGCAGACAUCAGUCCACGAUAGCUGAGGAAAAUGAGCCCAUUGUAAAGGACAAUGUGCAGAACGUAGUUGAUGAGCCGCAAAAAGACAACGUUGGAGAAAUCUCUGUCAAUGAGCACAAUGGACCGACUAACAAAACAUUAUCAGAAGAGAUUGAGAAUGUUUCUCACAAGACAAUGUCUCCGCUGUCAAGGAAUGAACAACGACAACUGGCAAUUCAAGCCUGUGAUAAACAAAAUGAAGAUUCUACGGUAGCUAUGUCAUCUUUAUUUUCUUGGCACGGACUUAUGGAUGGCGUUCUUAUUUCAAAUGACUUCAUAAAUUUUUCAGCCAGAGGAACAUACUGA